AUGAGCGACGGCCAGAAGCAGCAAGCACCAGCACAACAGCAGUACUCGCAAUUCAACGCACAGCCCGCCGGACUUCCUUCACAACAACAGCAGCAUCAGCAGCAACAAGCCAUGGACUUGCCUCGGUCCGACACCUUCAGCGGACUCCCCUCAUACGUCAUCACCACAUCGUCCAACGGUGGUGCCGGCGAGAACGUGCGUGCUGAUGCCACCACACACCACCAACACCACCAGCACCACCAGCAGCACGAACAGCAACAGCAGCAGCAGCAGCAGCAGCAGCAGCAGCAGCAGCCCAUGAUCGUGAGCAUGCCCUCGGGUGUUGUUGACCCGUCUGGAAUGCAACAGCAGCACCAGUUCUCGCAGGGCCAAAGCGACCACCAGCGCUACCAGCAAAGCCACAUGCCGCACGGGCACCCCCAGCAGCUUCACGCGGGUCUGCCCUCUGCUUUGCCUCACCACAGCCAGUACAUGAUCGUCCCGCAAAAUGUGUCAUAUGCCGCAGCGCAGGAACACGGUGGUGGUGAGCACAAGCUGUCUACCUCAUCGGCCGACCCGUCCCUUAUGCCCAUGCUUAGCGUGCCGGCACCACACAGCCACGCUCAGCAGCAGCACCAGCAGCAGUUACAGGAGCACCAUCAUCAGCAACACCACCAGCAGCACCAGCACCAUCAACAGCAACAGCAGCACCACCAACAACAACAUGACUCGCAAAUGCCAGUGUCCAUGGCUCCCAUGAUGCAGAUGCAGAUGAACCCACUUGCACAAUCCCAGCAGCCGCAGCAGAUGAUGAUGAUGCCGGGCGCCGCCCAGCACGUGGCGCCGCACCACAUGCAGGCAAUACACCUCCCGCCACAGCAGGAGCAACAGGCCAUGCAGGUGCUGCACCACGAUCAGGACAAACAGCAACACCAGCAGCACCAGCAGCACCAGCAGCAGCACUCUCUGCAUCAGCUUCCACACGCGCACCAUCAGCACCCGCUGCUCGCCAACCAGCAACAGGAACAACAACAACAACAACAACAACAACAACAACAACAGCAACAGCAGCAGCAGCAGCAACAGCAGCAGCAGGAUGUGAAGGAAAGUGCACACAUUGCGCAAGGUGUAGACGAGCAACAUCACGACGCCCACGCUCACCACCAGCAACAGCAGCAACAGCAACAGCAGCGGGAAGGAGAGACCCCAGCAGCUGCCAGCGCACAGUCCACAAAUCAGCAGCAAGACCAACACGCAAAACAGCAGACGUCUGUGGAAAGACAGCAAAGCGGAGAUGCGCAUGAGCAACAACAAUCAGCACAACCGCACCACCACCACCAACAACAACAACAGCAGCAACAACAGCAACAACAACAUGCACCUCAAGAGGCCCAACACAUACAACAGCAACAGCAGCAACAGCAGCAGUUGUCGCGGCACCACCAUCAGCAGCAACGACACAACUUGGAUGAACUGCUCCCCUCCGGGAGUGCGAGUGGCGGGGCGUCCCACCACCACGUCGCCCAACGCCACGCCGAUGCAUCCCACAGCUACAUGAUGACAUGUGCGCUGUCGGCCAAGGUGUUGGACCUGCUGUUGCGCAUCAGCACGUUCAAGGGCCACGGCGCUUUUGUGAUUGGCUUCGCGCCGAGCAAGGUGCCUCGCCACCCGCGCUUCCCAUUCGCAAAGGUGCUCGAUGUGAUCCAGGCGCCGCACUUGGACAGCGCCAAGCUGGCGAACCGCUACUACUUCCAGUCGUCACUGCAUAGGGACGGCAACCUUGUGCAGUACGAGUCUAAGGGCGUCACGCCACUGGUUGAGCUGCGUCGCAUCAUGCUCAAGGGCAACGGGGAGGAGGACCCUUCGUUGCCCGAUACGCUCGCAGACCUGCUUAUGCUGUCACCAACAGGGCACCCGCUGGUGCGAGACAACGGCUCUGAGAUCACGUGCGAGGACGUGUUUUCCCACAUCAUGGACACGCCCGUGCGUGCCGACGACGACUUGUGGUGGCAGGACGUGACGGCGGCCCUGGGCAUCACGCUGCCGCUCAAGCGAGACGAAAUCGUGGCCGUGGCCAAGAACAUGAUGGCAUCGGACUUGCCCUCCCACGCCGCAAACAUCAACGUGGAGCGGCUCAUUGACUAUGACGCUGCAACGGCGCAGUCGAUGCAGGCCAGCGGGCAGCAGGUUCAAACAGGCGCGAAGGCCACAGGGGGCAUGGGAACACAUGCUCAGGGCCCAAUACCACCGCCCUCGUCAUCGGCAACCAACACGAGCCUGGCGCUGCUGGCUGACACAGCACUGCAAGGUCCCGUAGAAGCCACCACCACCACCACCACCACCAGCACCACCACCAACAACAACGAUAGCAGCAGCAGCAACAGCGAGAUUCCCGCGACGAGUGGUGGCGGUGGUGGCAGCGGCAGGGGUGAAUUCCUGCCAGCAGGCGCGCAGGAGUGCACUGUGAGCCGCUACCAAAACAAGUCGCUUCGCGUUCCCCCCAGGCGUGGCCAGACCAUGCACGUGUGCGCCGCAGUGGCCGUUGCCCUGUACCACGACAAGCACGGCGACGACGUUGCAGACGCGGCCACGGCACCAGCUGUUGGGAAGAAGGUGAAAGUGGCUUUCCCGCACGCAGACAAGGCCCCGAGCCCCUUCCGUGCGCCCGAUGGUGCCCAGCCGCUCGACACAACCGGCACCGCGUUCAAGCCCUUUGCAACAGGUCUGGACAAUGACCUCUUCUCCGCGUGUGCACGGCUGUUCAGCCUGCCGACGUUUGGUGGCCCGCCCAGCCGCACCACGAGCCGCGGGCUUGAGCGCAUCUUCAGCUCGCUGCAGUCUCGUGCAGGCCAGGAGGCAGCACCACCCGGCACUGCCGCCAACACGAACACCAGCAGCAGUGGCGGUGGCGAUGCGGGCAUGGCAGGCAACUGGCUGUUCCGGCUGCAGAGUGAUUUUUCCUCGCUCAUUGCCAACACAGGCAACACGACCACAGCGGCGAGUGGGGCCACUGGAUUUGGCAUGCCUGCAGGCACCGUGCCGGGGGUGUCGUCGACGGCAGCAGCAGCAGCAGCAGCAGCAGGGGCGAUGCCCAUGGCGCCGUCCACGCCGUUCACCGCCGGCCCACGUGGCAGAACUUCGGGCGACAUGGCCGCUCCUGUUGCCGGCAGCGUGAUGGCAACACCGCAGCAGCCUCGCCUGGGCACGCUACCCGACACGCCGGCAACCCCUGCCCUGGCGACCGUAACGCCUGGUCCUGGCGUCCCUGCUGUGCCGCCUGCCUCGUCACAGCGCUCGUCGCUGAGCGGCCUGCUGCCAGCCACAUCGCACACGCCCGGCACCUCGCUGCCAGACACGCCAGUCGCACCCAUGUCGACGUCGUAUGCGCGCUCGGUGCACCCGAUGAAGUCACGUGUGGACUCGCACUGGCCAGAGGAGUGGCUGAACAUGAAGGUGGUCGACUUCAACCGCUUUGCAAAGUCCAAGCGCCUCACGCCAGACGAAAUUGAAGACCUCAAGCGAGCAAGGCGUCGCAAGAAGAACCGCCUGUAUGCCAAGCGCAGCCGUCAACGCAAAACACAAAAGUUGGAGGAUACACUGACCAAGUACGAAGAGCUGCAACGCACGCUCAGCCCAGGUGCAAAUACUGGCACAGUGCACCAUCACAGCACAGACGCGCCUGGCGGUGGUGGCGGUGGUGGCGGUGACGGUAUCACAACAGCGACACCAUCUUCGUCCAUCGCCACAUCGGUUGAAACGGGCACGGCAGGGAACAACCACAACUCCGGCAACGCGGCCAAUGCGAACGCCAGCGCAAAUGAUGGCGCCGCGUCUGCUACCGACGAUGCCGCUGCCACCACCACUGUUACAUCGGACGCUGAUGUGAGCAUGACACCACGGAGCCACCAUGAUGACGUUGGCAGUGGCGCUCCGCCCGCAAAGCUUGCCAAGACAACCGAAUAG